CAGCCAUGAGCCGCCAGCUGCACCUCUACUCUGGACGGGAGCGCCUGGCCUUCAGCGGCUGCUCGGCAGUCAUCUCAGGCCGGGUCAGCAGCUGCUGCACCUCGUUUCGGGCUGGCGUCAAAGGCAAGGCCACCUUUGGCAGCAGGAGCCUUGUUAACCCUGGGGCCAGCCGGCGCCUGGCCCUGAGCACCGCCUCCAGGCGGGGGGGCUCUGCGCUGGGUCCCUGUGCAGCCACAGGCGGUGGCCGCCUGGGCGGCUUCGUGGGCACCGUUUUCGCCAGUGCAGGGCUGGGGCUCGCGUGUCCCUCCGUGUGCCCGCCCAGCGGCAUCCCGCAGGUCACCGUCAACAAGAGCCUCCUGGCCCCCCUCAACGUGGAGCUGGACCCCGAGUUCCAGAAGGUGCGCGCGCAGGAGCGGGAGCAGAUCAAGGCGCUGAACAAUAAAUUCGCUUCCUUCAUCGACAAGGUGCAGUUUCUGGAGCAGCAGAACCAGGUGCUGGAGACCAAGUGGGAGCUGCUGCAGCAGCUGGACCUGAACAACUAUAAGAACAACCUGGAGCCCAUCCUUAAGGGCUACAUCAGCACCCUGCAGAAGCAGAUGGAGACACUGUCCGGGGACAGGGUAAGGCUGGACUCAGAGCUGAGGAGCGUGCGAGACGUGGUGGAGGACUACAAGAAGAGGUAUGAGGUGGAGAUUAACAGACGCACAGCUGCUGAGAAUGAGUUUGUGGAGCUCAAGAAGGAUGUGGACACUGCCUACAUGAACAAGGUUGAGCUCCAGGCCAAGGUGGACUCCUUGACAGACGAGAUCAAGUUCUUCAAGUACCUGUACGAAGGGGAGAUCGCUCAGAUCCAGUCCCACAUCAGCGACACGUCCGUCAUCCUAUCCAUGGACAAUAACCGGGACCUGGACCUGGACAGCAUCAUCGCUGAGGUCCGUGCCCAGUAUGAGGACAUCUCCCUGAAGAGCAAGGCCGAGGCUGAGGCGCUGUACCAGAGCAAGAUCCAGGAGCUGCAGGUCACGGCAGGCCAGCAUGGGGAUGACCUCAAACUCACCAAGGCAGAGAUUUCAGAUCUCAACCGGCUGAUCCAGAGGAUCUGCGCGGAGAUAGGAAGUGUGAAGAAGCAGUGCUCCAACCUAGAGACAGCCAUCACUGAUGCCGAGCAACGGGGCGACUGCACCCUGAAGGACGCCCAGGCCAAGCUGGAUGAGUUGGAGGGUGCCCUGCACCAGGCCAAGGAGGAGCUGGCCCGAAUGCUGCGGGAGUACCAGGAGCUCAUGAGCACAAAGCUGGCCCUGGACGUGGAGAUCGCCACCUACCGCAAGCUGCUAGAGGGCGAGGAGUGCAGGAUGUAUGGGGACUAUCCAAAUUCCAUGAGCAUCUCUGUCAUCAGCAACACCAUCGCCAGGGCAGGAGGGGCUGGCUUCAGCGUGGGCUUUGGCGCCUCCAGCACUUACAGCUAUAAACCUUCAGCGGUAGAUGUUAAAACCAAAGGCAGCUGUGGCAGCAAGUUCAAGGAUCUCCCUGCUAAAACCUCAGGCAGCAGACGUGCAACCAAAAAGGCCUUGAGAUGAAGGGCAGGUGAAGCUGGCUCUGUGAGCAGAAAGCUU